UAUCUAUCAAGUGUCCAUCUGCAUAUCUACCUAUUCUUUUUAUCUCAAUUAUCAAUGGUACAAAUUCAACUUAAAAAUAUCUCCCUCUCUUUCAACACUGGUGUCAUCUAUUCACCAACUAUCAACCACUUAAACCCAUUUGUUAAUGUCUCUCCCCAUUUUUGCUACCUGGGGGAGCUACCUGGGAGAUGCUAUCUGAACAGCUAAAUUCCUUCUUGAGAUGAUCAGAGACUGGCUUCAUAAAAUUAGAAAAAUUGUAUCUGUACAGUCCUCAUUAUUUCCUUAAUGCUAUUGUGAGCAUUUUAUGUUAAAACCUCACAAUAACUCUACGACGUAAUAUUAUAAUUAACUCCUUCAUACAGAGGAAACUGGGAGCACAGAUUGGUUAAAUGACUUGCCGAAGGUUACCCAGCUACAAGAUGACAGAGAAAUGAUUGUGAACCCAGAGAAACUGUCUCCAUCUUCCCUGUGGUCUAUUCAGUGGAGUUCAGGGUAUCACCUCAUGAAAAAUGAAUUGUUGGGUUAUAGAAGGAAAUGCGUAUGACUGGUCUAAUUGUAAUUUAUAGUCUCUAUUUGAUCUAUCAUGUUUGACAUUGCUCCUCAGAUCCAAUUUCUGUGAGUUUUAUGUAAGACUGGCAAAAGACGAGUCAGUGAUGAGAAACCAUUCAACGAUCACCGCGUUCAUCAUACAGGGGUUGACAAAUGACCUACGGCUGGAGAUUUUCAUUUUCAUAUUUAUGCUUACCACAUAUAUGUUAAGUAUAAUUGGGAAUCUGACCAUAAUUUCACUCAUUUCGGUGGAUUCUCAUUUAAAAACAGCUAUGUAUUUUUUUCUUCAAAAUUUCUCUUUCUUAGAAAUCUCAUUCACAACGGCCUGUAUCCCCACAUACCUGUACAGCAUAUCAAGUGGGAACAAAGCCAUUAGCAUCAAAGCCUGCUUCAGUCAAAUUUUUUUUAUGGUCCUCUUUGGAGCUACGGAAUUUUUUCUGUUGGCUGUGAUGUCCUAUGACCGCUAUGUGGCCAUCUGCAAACCCCUGCAUUACGUGACCAUCAUGAACAGCAGAGUCUGCAGGAACCUCAUCCUCUGUUGCUGGACAUCUGGUUUAUUGAUCAUCCUUCCACCCCUUGGUCUGAGCCUUAAUCUGGAAUUCUGUGAGUCUCUUAUUGACCAUUUUGUCUGUGAUGCUUCUCCAAUACUGAAGAAUUCCUGCUCAGAUACAUGGUUCAUAGAGCAGCUGGUUAUAUUCUGUGCUGUGUUGACCUUCAUAAUGACCCUUGUGUGUGUGGUUUUGUCCUACAUAUACAUUAUUAGGACAAUUCUUAGAUUACCCUCUGCCCAGCAAAGGAAAAAAGCCUUUUCCACCUGUUCUUCCCACAUGAUCGUGGUUUCCAUCACCUAUGGCAGCUGCAUUUUUAUGUAUAUCAAGCCUUCAGCAAAGGAUGAAGUGGCCAUUAAUAAGGCAGUUUCUCUGCUUACUGUGUCUGUUGCCCCUUUGUUGAACCCCUUCAUUUAUACCCUGAGAAAUAAACAAGUAAGGCAAUCUUUCCACAAUACUUUCAAAAGAUUAGUAUUUCAUUCAAAGAAGUAG